UCAAAGUAAACAUAACCUCGCUUCCGAGAGAUUGACAGCGGAGAAAUUUUCAGCUGUUUUUGUUUACUCUCUGGCACAUUCUGAGUUGAUUUUGCUCAAAACCAAAGAAUAAUUCUCUAGAAUGACUGAAAACACUGAAGACGAUGAUUAUCAGAACAGCAAGAAACUCAUGUUCUUCGGCCGAGAUUUAGCUCAGAUCCCGUGUUUUAGAUCAAGUUUCCUGUACGGAAUCGCCGGGGGAGUUGUCACGGGUUUCGGUACGUUCCUCUUCACAUCACGUCCAAAAAUAUCUGCACACGCGGGAGUAGGGAUUUUCUGUAUCACCACCUUGGGAUACUGGUCUCAAUGCCGGUACAACUGGUCAAAGACGAACUUCGAGUACAAAAAGAUGAAGCGGGGCCUGCAAGAUUAUGCAAUGCACGAGGGAACUGAGCUAGGAGACGAGUUGCAGAAACGAGCAUCUGAAGUCUGAGAUCAAGCUAAAAUGCAGUAGAACUAUGACGUCAAAAUGCUGUAGAAUAAAUAAAUACAUU